UUUCCUUAAAUGCUUAAAAAAAAAAAACCCUAUUUUCUUUAUCUCUCAUUUUUUCAUAUUCUUCAAAAUUUUUAAUCUUUUUGAUACCAUGGCUUCCACCACCGGCACCAACCCUCUGCCACUCAAAGACCGAGUUGCUAUAGUAACUGGAUCAUCGCGUGGUAUAGGCCGAGUUAUAGCGACUCACCUGGCUGAACUUGGUGCUAAGGUCGUUAUUAACUACUCCUCGAGCCCGGACCAAGCCGAUCUCGUUGCUACCCAAAUCAAUUCUCGCUAUCCUGGUGACUGCCCACGAGCUGUAACCGUCAAAGCGGAUGUUUCGGACCCUGCCCAGGUCAAGUUUUUGUUUGACUCGGCUGAGCAGGCGUUUGGGUCACCGAUUCAUGUGCUGGUUAACUCAGCUGGACUGAUCGAUCCUAAGUAUCCUAAAAUUGCCGACACUUCAUUGGAGGACUUUGAUCGUAUUUUCAGUGUCAACACAAGAGGGGCAUUCUUGUGUGGCAAGGAAGCAUCGAAUAGGCUGAAACGCGGUGGUGGAGGUCGAAUUAUAUUGCUGUCAUCAUCAAUGGUGGCUGCACUGAGGCCAGGAUUUGGAGCAUAUGCAGCAUCAAAGGCAGCAAUAGAGGCAAUGAUAAAAAUACUGGCAAAGGAACUCAAAGGGACUGGCAUCACUGCAAACUGUGUGGCACCAGGGCCAAUUGCAACAGAGAUGUUCUUUGCAGGUAAGAGUGAAGAAAUGGUGCAGAAAGUGAUCGAUGAGUGUCCACAUAAUCGGCUUGGUCAGAGCGAGGAUGUUACUCCUGUUGUUGGGUUCUUGGCUACUGAUGCCAGUGAAUGGGUUAAUGGGCAGAUCAUUCGUGUUAAUGGUGGCUAUAUAUGAUACUUGUUUAAGCGCUAUGCAUAUUUUUCAAUGAAUGAUAGUAUGCAUCAGAUCAAGGACCAAAUUCAUAGGAAAUAAAUCUGAUGAUUAUUGUGCGCA